AUGGACAAGAACGACGAAGUACAGUCUGAACAAAUGGAAGAUUACUGUCGACAACUGGGAUUACAGCUUCGCGACGAACAAGAAAAUUCGACAAUGCCUGUCGAGGACACUUCUCAAAUAUCUGUCUUGGGUGCAGCACAGCCGAACCAGAAUCAAAGCGAAAAUAGCUUGCCUAUUCCGCCCGGCCACGCGAAGCUGGAAGGAACGGUUAAAACUUACUUUGAAUGCAAAAAGUGCGUGAAGAACUUCACAAAUUCCCGACAAUUUCUGAAGCACAAGUGUGUUUUGAAAAGCGAGGGAGAAACGCAAUCCAAGGCGAAAGGCAAAAAGCGUGGCAGAAAACCGAGGGUUAAAACUAGCGAGGCGACCGAACGUGUUGGUGACGAGGUGAAUAUAUUACCAAUCAUAGAAUGGAAAAUAUUUAAAUUAUAUAUUUUUUAAACACCAAGCUAGUUAUAAAGCUAACAAUCGUGUCUUCAUUGAUAAAAAGUAUUUUUUGCAACUGCUUGCAGAGAGGGAUUCACCCCCCCUGAAUGUUCACCAUAUUUUAAUAUUUUCAGGGGGGAAUGCCUUUCAUAGGACAGACUGCUGUAUGUGUUUAUUCUGUGGUGUGGUUGCCCAAGGCACUGAUGGCCGGUUGUUCAAAGCUGGAUUAGUGCAAACCCUGGGUUAAAACUUAACUUAUACCAUAAAGCUAGAUUAAUUUUAUUUCAAUUAAUUUUACAGGAGAAUACCGAUACACCAAAACCUCCAAACGUGGCACUUGUUGAAGAACAGGCAGGCCAUCUCUCUGACCACACUUAUAUAAAAGAUGGAGACGACUCUCUAAACCAAACAACUGAAAAUACACCUGAAAAUAUCCAAUGUGAAUCGUGCCAAUUACUUGCAGAAAUUGAUCCAGAAACGGCCAACAAUCCUGAUAAGAUCCCGUGCGAGAAAUGUCAAGAAUUGACCACCGAUGCCACGCUGGCUGAAAAGUCGACUGACGAAACCGGAAGUACCGACGAGAGCAAAAAACGGAAAUAUCUGUUUAAAACCGAACAGAAAAACUGUCCGCACUGUGACAAGGGCUUCCAUUCGCAAAAACGAUUUGACAAACACCUUCUAGUUUGCAAGAAGAAUCUUGUGUGUUCGUUCUGCAAUAAGGAUUUCUCAUACAAUGGUAGACUGGCAUAUAUGCAGUACCAAGCACAUUAUUACACACAUGUUGAAACAAAGCCUUUUACGUGCAAUGUAUGUUCCAGAGGUUUUAUCCGCAAGGCGGACCUAGAUCGGCAUAAAAUAAUCCACACUGAUAACUACAGCCCUCAGCGUUGUGCCGAAUGUGGUGCAGUCUUUGCAAGCGAAGCAAACCUCUCCAAACAUAUGCAUAAACAUGACCGGUUGACGCUGUCCUGCGAGAAAUGUGGUCAACAGUUUGUGAGACAAGCAACGCUGGAUAAACAUGUAGUCAUUUGCCAAACUGAAACAAGUUGUGAAAUUUGUGGUAAAGUCUUCGAAGUGUCUUUCAAAAAAUUUGAAAUCUCGUUACCAAGAACACAUGUUUAUUCACACCGGGGAGAAGCCAUACAAAUGUCAGUUUUGCGAUCGUGGAUUUCGGGACCGUAG